UUCCAUUUCAUUUUCCUGGCCACCACUCGAAAAUGGCGGCGGUUGUUUAGUAACCGGGACGCCAGGAAGUAUCAAGAUGGCGAGAAUGUUGUGGAAAGUGGUCAAUUAAAGAGUUUUCAUAAAACACAGUUUCACGCAGUGUUCUGUAACAGAUCGCACAAUUUGUUUUUAUAUUUAAGGUGUCGACGGAACAGCUGACAUGGCGGAGGAGGAUGAUGAGUCUAUGCUCGCUUUAAUUCAUUAUUACUGCCAGGAGAAAUAUUUCAAUCAUGUGAUGAAUACUGCCAGUGAGGCGAAGAAAAGGUUCAGCAACGAUCCCAUCUUUUCCUUCUUCCAUGCUUAUGGUGCUCUCAUGCAAGAAAGCGUGCAGGAGGCCAUACAUGAGCUGGAGGCGAUCAAGGACAGACGAGACGUGUCACUGUGCACAUUGAUGGCCCUUGUUUACGCACACAAGAAGUGUCAAAGUCCAGACCGAGAUGCCAUCCUGGAGCUGGAUGCCAGGGUGAAGGAGGAUCGUAAGACGGCGAGUCCCAAGGGCCUGUACUAUGCUGGCUUGUUUCUCUGGCUCCUGGGGCGCAAUGACAAAGCCAGGGAGUACAUUGAUAGGAUGAUCAAAGUCUCUAACAGUGCCAAAGAGGGGCUAAUCCUGAAAGGAUGGAUCGAACUGACAUCCGGUAAGGACGCUUACGCCAAGAAGGCCGGGAAAUACUUUGACGAGGGCCUCAAGGAGAAGGCCGACAUCUUUGCUCUGAUGGGAAAGGCGCGGUACUACGAGUUUCGGCAGAACUACUCGGGGGCGCUGGAGGCCGUGAACCAGGUGGUGGCCAGCUUCCCAGGAUUCCUCCCGGCCUUCGCGGAGAAGAUGAAGCUCCUGCUGACGCUGCAGGACUGGGAGCAGAUGGCGGACGCCGCUCAGAGGCUGUUGCAGAAGGACAGGAACAGUCUGGAAGCUUUGAGAAUGAUUGCUCUCAACUCACUCUGCAGGGAGGGAGAUAUUCAGGAGUCUGCGAACCAGCUCACAAACCUGAUCAGCGCCCUGGAGGUACUGGAGCCCCACAACCCUGAGCUGCUGUACCGCAUGUCCUUAGCCUUCACGCGUGUGUGCGGGAGAGCGGAGAAGAUCCUGCAGCUGACCCACGCCCUGGUGGAGAAGGCCUUCUCUUUGGCCUCCGGCGACUCGGAGCUGGCUACGGAGCUGGGCUACCAGCUCAUCCUGCUGGGCCGGGUCAAGGAGGCCGUCAAGUGGUACAAGACGGCCAUGACCCUGGACGAGACCAGCGUCUCCGCUCUGACCGGCAUCAUCAGGUGCCAGCUGACAGAGGGACACGUGGAGGACGCCGAACAGCAGCUGGAGUUCCUGGCCGAGAUCCAGCAGUCCAUAGGGAAAUCGGGGGAGCUGCUGUACCUGCGCGCCGUGCUGGCCGCGAAGAAGCGGCGGCCGCAGGAGGAAGUGAGCGCCCUGCUGGACGAGGCGGUGGACACACACUUCUCGGCCCUCCAGGGCCUGCCGCUCGGGGUGGAGUACUUCCAGAAGCUCAACCCCGACUUCCUGCUGGAGGUCGUCAAGGAGUACAUAGCAUUGUGUCCCGCUAAGCCUCAGGCCCAGGGGCAGCCCCCUCCUCCGCCCCUCCAGCACUGCGCCUCCGUGCUGGACACCGUGGUCAAGACGGUCCCGGGACUCCUGCAGGCCGUCUACCUGAUGGCCAAGGUCAAGUUCCUGUGCGGUGACAUUGACGCGGCCCAGAGCAGCCUGCAGCACUGUCUGGACCAGAACCCGUCCUUCGCCGAUGCCCUCCUCCUCAUGGCCCAGAUCCAUCUCCUGCAGGGCAAUGUCAAGCUGUCCUCCCAGUCCCUGGAGCUCUGCCUCAGCCACAACUUCCAGGUCCGGGAGCACCCCCUGUAUCACCUGAUCAAGGCUCAGGGGCAGAAGAAGAUGGGAGAGCUCCAGGAGGCCAUCCAGACCCUGCACAUGGCCCUCAGCCUGCCCGGCGUGCGCCGAGCCACGCCCUCCGCCAAGACCAAGGGCAAGAAGGCGGAGCUGAGCUCCUCCGACUACGUGUCAGUCUACCUGGAGCUGGCGGAGGCCCACUGGCUAAACGGAGAGCAGCACGAAGCCGCCAAGGUGAUGCAGGACGCCAUCAACGAGUUCACGGGCACGCCGGAGGAGCUACGCGUUACCAUCGCCAACUCGGACCUGGCACUGCGGCGGGGCGACACUGAGCUCGCACUGAGCAUGCUCAGAAACAUCACGCCGGAGCAGCCUUACUACAUCCAGGCCAAGGAGAAGAUGGCCGACAUCUACCUGAACCACAGGAAGGAGAAGCGCCUGUACGCCAGCUGCUACAGGGACUUGGUGGAGAAGCUGCCCUGCCCCCACACCUAUCUUUUGCUCGGGGAUGCCUACAUGAACAUCCAAGAGCCAGAAAAUGCGAUCGAGAUCUACGAGCAGGCACUGAAGAAGACGCCCAAAGACGGAGCCUUGGCCAGCAAGAUCGGCAAAGCUCUCGUCAAGACCCACAAUUAUGUCAAGGCCAUAAAUUAUUACGAAGCCGCGCUGAAGAGCGGGCAGCAGAGCUUCCUGCGUUACGACCUGGCAGAACUGCUCCUGAAACUGCGUCAGUACGAGCGGUGCGAGAGGGUUUUGCACGAGGCCCUGCGCCACGAUACAGUGAAUGAGCUUCCAUCGCUGACAGAGGACUGCCGUUACUUUGUUCUGUUGGCUAAGAUCCAGAGCAAAGUUGACAAAAAUGAAGAGGCCUUAUUUUCCUUACAGAGGGCCCGGGACGUGCAGGCCCGGGUUCUGAAGCGGGUCCAGCUGGAGCAGCCCGACGCCGUCCCGGCGCAGAAGCAGCUCGCCGCCGAGAUCUGCAGCGAAAUCGCCAAGCACUACACUUUCCUGAGGGACUACGAGAGAGCCAUCAAGUUCUACAAAGAGGCGCUUGUCUAUUGUGAGAGCGACAGCAAGGUGAUGCUGGAGCUGGCGAGGCUGUACCUCACGCUGGACGACGUGGAGGCGUGCCAGCAGCAGUGCAGCGUGCUGCUCAAGAGCGACCAGGUCAACGAGGCGGCGACCGUGAUGAUGGCCGACCUGAUGUUCAGGAAGCAGGACUACGAGCAGGCCGUGUUUCACUUCCAGCAGCUGCUGGAACGCAAGCCAGACAACUACGCAACGCUGUCCCGUCUGAUCGACCUGUUGAGGAGGGCCGGGAAGCUGGAGGAGGUCCCCAGGUUUCUGGAAAUGGCAGAGAAACACUCUUCAAGGGCCAAGUUGGAUCCUGGAUUUAACUACUGCAAAGGCCUUUAUCUGUGGUACACUGGUGAACCCAACGAUGGGCUGAGGCAUUUCAACAAGGCGCGCAAAGACAACGACUGGGGUCAGAACGCCGUCUACAACAUGAUCGAGAUCUGCUUGAAUCCCGACAACGACACCAUAGGAGGGGAGGUUUUCGAGAACCUUGACGGCGACAUCGGGAACUCUACGGAGAAGCAGGAGUCGGAGCAGCUGGCAGUGAGGACGGCCGAGAAGCUCCUGAAAGAGCUGAAGCCUCAGACGGCCGAAGGACACAUCCAGCUGCGCAUCAUGGAGAACUACUGCCUCCUGGCCACCAAGCAGAAGGCCAACGUGGAGAGGGCCCUCAACGUGUUCACUGAGAUAGUCAACACCGAGAAAGACCACGUUCCUGCCCUGUUGGGCAUGGCCACGGCCUACAUGAUCCUUAAACAGAGCCCACGGGCCAGGAACCAACUCAAACGCAUCGCCAAGAUGAACUGGAACGACGUCGACGCCGACGAGUUCGAAAAGAGCUGGCUGCUUCUGGCUGACAUCUACAUCCAGUCUGGGAAGUAUGACAUGGCCGGAGAGCUGCUCAGAAGAUGCCUUCAUCACAACAAGUCCAGCUGUAAGGCUUAUGAGUACAUGGGCUACAUUAUGGAAAAGGAACAGGCGUUCCGCGAUGCUGCUCUCAACUAUGAAAUGGCUUGGAAAUAUGGGAAUCAGACCAACCCAACCAUUGGAUACAAGCUGGCAUUCAACUACCUGAAGGCAAAAAGGCAUGUCGAUGCCAUAGAUGUGUGUCAUAAGGUUCUGGAUGCACAUCCGAAUUAUCCAAAGAUGAGGAAGGAAAUUCUGGACAAAGCGCGAGCAGCACUAAGAUCCUGAUGGAAGUCAAUGGUGUCUGAUGGGAGUCAGAUGGUGUCUGAUGGAGUUGGAUGGUGUCUGAUGGAGUCGGAUGGUGUCUGAUGGGAGUCGGAUGGUGUCUGAUGGGAGUCGGAUGGUGUCUGAUGGAGUUGGAUGGUGUCUGAUGGAGUCGGAUGGUGUCUGAUGGGAGUCGGAUGGUGUCUGAUGGAGUCGGAUGGUAUCUGAUGGGAGUCGGAUGGUGUCUGAUGGAGUCAGAUGGUGUCUGAUGGGAGUCGGAUGGUGUCUGAUGGAGUUGGAUGGUGUCUGAUGGGAGUCGGAUGGUGUCUGAUGGAGUCGUAACCGAGUCUGUUUGCUUACAGUGAGCUCUCAACCCCCUGGGAUGUAAUGAACGUGACUGUGUCACAGAGUGUUGACUGUCCAAGGCGACAUAAGCAGUGUUGUUUGUAUUAUAUAAAGCAAACGGUUAAAUAUAUAGUAUUUCAUUUACAUCGCGUACAUGAUUAGAGGGACAGAAUGGAAGAUAUACACAUUUUCCAAGAAAAUAAAAUUCUAACUGAACUUGAUGGUCAUCUCCAGUCAUCCCAGUCAUGCUCAUCUCUAGUUGAAGCAUCAGCAGCCAUUUAUUCAACCCAGAUGAUUAAUCAUGAAAUUAAAAUAAUAUUUGUUUUGAUUCAAUCACUUCAGGUGUCUCCAGUUUUUAAGUGUCAGACUAUUGUAUUCACACUUGAUGCGUUAUUGAAUUUGCAUGUAUUUCAUUAAAUAUGUUCUGAAAAUAA